ACUAAAAUUCCACAACAUACAAAAUGAACAAUGGUUCACAAUAAAUGUUUCCUGAGGCAUCGAAUUUCCGUAAUGAUAGCCAAUCGGCAAUAUGAUUUUGCGACCCUUGAACCUAAGGAAGUUUUAGUACUACGAUUUCGCAAGGUGGCAUUACUUUACUGAGUGAAUACAAUUUAGCUGGCUGUUCAUGAUGCUGAACUUUCUUGGGAGUAUUUGUUAUCGAUCGCUGCGUAGAGUCACAAAUGUGCAGUCAUGUCGAUCUAUUUGCAUGAGUUCUCGUAAUUUGGCAGCACAUGUCACUCAGAAUGCUCCUGAAUUUAAAGGAACAGCAGUUGUUAAUGGAUCAUUCAAAGAAAUUUCACUGAGUGAUUUCUCUGGCAAAUAUCUCGUUUUAUUCUUCUAUCCGUUGGACUUCACACUUGUAUGUCCAACAGAGAUAACAGCUUUCAGUGACCGUGCUCAUGAGUUUGAUACAAUGAAUGCAUCUGUUGUUGCUGUAUCUACAGAUUCCCACUUCAGUCACUUGGCAUGGACGAACGUUCCUCGUAACAAAGGAGGAAUUGGUUUGGUCAACAUACCCUUGUUGGCAGAUUUUUGUAAAGAUAUAUCACGUGAUUACGGUGUACUGCUUGAAGAUAAGGGAAUCGCUCUCAGAGGAUUAUUUAUUAUCGAUGGCAAAGGGAUAGUGCGCCAUUCAAGUGUCAAUGACCUUCCUGUCGGCAGAUCAGUUGAUGAAACCUUGAGACUUGUUCAGGCUUUCCAAUUUACAGAUAAACAUGGAGAGGUAUGUCCUGCUUCAUGGAAACCUGGAGGGAAAUCGAUUAACGUCAAGGAAGCCAGUAAAUAUUUUGAGUCGCUGAAAGUCGAUCUGUGAUCAUGUUUAAUUUCUGCUUUUGGUAAUUUUACUGUGAUUCGACCAUAUAAAUUGUGUACACAAAAACCACUGCAGGCUACUGUUUACUUUUCUGUUAAAGAAUUUCUGGUAUUAUUGUGAUAAUUGUGAUGAUAAUAUUGAGUCUAUAAAACCACUGUUAUGAUAAAACCGUUCUAUUUUACUGUGGUAAAUAAUACAACUGUGUGAUGAUA